AAUGAAUAAAUCUCUUCGUUGCGUUAGGGCUUAAGAGAGUUCUGCGAGUUAGAGUUGCUCCAAAGUUCCAAACUCCAAAUCCUUCACUCUCGCAGUUUCAAUCCUUUCGCUAGAAUUUUCUGGGCACUACCAUCUUGUUUCUUUUCAGGGUUGUAAUCGUUCUACGAUAAUGUCUCGACUUUACGUUGGGAAUUUGGAUCCGCGAGUUUCAGAAAGAGAGCUCGAAGAUGAGUUUCGAGCGUAUGGUGUUCUGAGGAGUGUCUGGGUUGCUCGAAAGCCACCAGGUUAUGCAUUUGUUGAGUUCGAUGAUCGUAGAGAUGCUCUAGAUGCAGUCCGUGCAGUGGAUGGAAAGAAUGGAUGGCGUGUGGAACUUUCCCAUAAUUCUAAGGGUGGCGGUGGAGGUCGUGGUGGUGGACGUGGACGUGGUGGUGGUGGUGAGGACCUGAAGUGCUAUGAGUGUGGUGAACCGGGUCAUUUUGCUCGGGAAUGUCGCUUGCGGAUUGGUUCACGUGGCAUGGGAAGUGGACGGCGUCGAAGCCCCAGUCCUCGACACCGUAGGAGCCCAAGUUAUGGUCGUAGGAGUUACAGCCCUCGCGGUAGAAAAUCUCCUCGACGUCACAGUAUAUCACCUCGCCGCGGCCGCAGCUACAGCAGGUCACCACCACCAUAUCGUCAUGCUGCUCGUGAUUCACCUUACGCUAAUGGUCCUGUUGCCAGAGAUCAACGCCGGAGCAGGAGCUGAUGCUGACACGUGUGCAUCUUAUGAGAUUAUUCACUAUCUUAGUAGUCCUGAUAGGAUGGUUCGACAAAAAGAGAAUCUUGUUACUUCUGUUCACUGAAUGACAAUUGGAUUUGUUAGGAUUUGGCUUUGAUUAACUGAGCUUCUACAUGUCAAAGGGGGUGGUUUGGACUCUGCUUUUGCAUGGAAAUACUCUUCAGCUUACUGAAAUUUGGGGAGGUUACUUUCCUACUUCA